GUUUUUGCGUCGACGCCGAAGAGUACGUUUUCGUAGAUAUCAGCUGUCCGCUGUCUGCGACGCCCUGGAAGCGCGCUACCACCCUGUUCUUUUUCUUUUCGACCGUAGAACCACAUGUCUGGUAACCGAGAUUUUGAUUUUCUUUUCGGCGGUAUAAUGCACCAGUUAAUUGACUAAUUGCGAUUAAUUGACAAGAUCCACGUGCACGGCGACGACGGCAAUUGACAGAUUAUCGCGACUGACGACGAACAGUGUGUGAAUCGCAUUUCGGGCGAAAAUAAUAUCGUAACGUUCUCCCCCGUCCAGCGCGUGAGUGAGUGCGAGCGAGACGCAGCGGUAACGGCAGUGAGAGCGAGUGAGAGAGCGAGCGUGCGAAGUGUGUGUGCGAGGAAACCCGCAAAAGUAAAGCAACAAUAACAACACACGCACGCACACAAACGCGAGCGUGGAGCUGCCCAAAGUGCGUAGUGUAACAGCAAAAAGCAUAUCGAAAAGUGAGCGCACGAAAACACAGCGGAAUUCGUGUCAAAAAUCUAGUUGCCGACUUGAUUUGAAUUCUAGGAGUUUCUGUUCGAAAGCCGUUCAAUCGCCCAUUGAUUAUACACGCAUCCCGUUGACAAGGCCCGGAAGCAGCCAAGAGUUUUCCCGACCCCAAACAACGAGGAUCAGCCGCUGAAGAAAGCCGGAGCAGGAGCAGCACAUCUGCUGCCUACUCUGGAGAAGAACCCGACACCAAGACAGAAGGAGUAGCAGCAGCAGCCACUGAGCUACAGAGGAGCAUGUCCAGCAAGGAGGAGACACCCUCUACGGGUGGAGCCGCAGCCGCAGCUCCCGUGGCCACCGCUUCUGGCAGUGCCACCACCUCGUAUGCCAAUGUGGUGCAGAAUUUGGACACCAAGAAGGCCGCCAAUACGACCAGCACCACCGUCACCGCCUCGACCUCUGCUUCUGCCUCCGUGGAUAACAAAGAAAACCAGCCAAAUCUAAAGAGCUUCAAGUCGUGGAGCGAGGAGACCGCAGCCGCUGAGGCAGCCGGGGAAUCCAUCGCCAGCAGCGUCAGCUUGGCCCUUGCAGGUGAAAAGCGUGCCGCCGCAUCUGGAGGAGAUAACACCGCUGAGAACUCUUCGGAACUAGACGAUAACAAUGACUUUGUGCCGGUACUAUCCCACCAUCGACGCGAUCGCAAAAAGGCGCGCAAGGAAAAGCCACGCGAUCAGCCGCAGACCGGAGGCCGUGGCGAUGGUCAGAAAUCCCACCAGGCUGGCAGACGUGCCCCUGGAUCCUCGGACCCCGAACGCAAGCAGACAGUAAGGCCCCGUGCUUCCCGCGGUGGCAGUCCCCGCAAACAGGGAGCUGGAGCUGGAUCGGCGGCUGGUGGAGCUGCUGCAGCUGGAGCUGGAGCUGUUGCUGCUGCCAAAGUACACAAGGAUCGCAAGGAUACCUCACCGAGUGCCAGCAUCGAGGGAGCAGGAAGCAGCGGCACCGAGACCAAGUCGGGUGAUGGGGAUCAGCAGGCGGCUGGUGAGAAGGGAGCUGCUGGAGCGGCUCCGCCACCCAAACGAUUCAUCGCAGCACCACCGCCCAAGGUCAAUGCCUGGAAGAUAUCGGCUAAACAAUCCGGCAGCCCCAAGGCAGGAACCUCUCCAUUGGACAAACGUGUUUUGCAGCCCAAGGCACAGCAACAACAGCAACAGCAAUCCAAGCAGACUGCCAGCAGCAACAACAACGCACAGAAUACAAGCGGCAACAAAAAGACACAACAACCUCAACAGGGGGCAGCAGCAACAACCAACACACAGACAACAACAGGAGCAGUAGCAAGCACAGCGGCACCAUCAACAACAGCAGCAGCAGCAGCAACACCGAGCACAUCGGCAGCAGCAGCAGCAACAGCAACAACUGAAACAGCAACAACCACUGUUGAUGCGACUCAGGCAGAUGCGCUAGCCAAAGUCGUGGUAAAGGACAAAAGGAAGGUCAACCAAAAGGCCAGCGACUUCAGCAACGUUGGUGACUGGCCCACGCUAAUCGGUGGAAUUUCUGGCAGUGGCAAAGCCCCCAGCAACGAACCCAAGCGCAACCCAACGAAAAAACAGCAGCCAGCCAAAGCAGCCGUAGCCAGCAGCAACACAAGCACUCCAAGUGAAGUUGCCACAGAGUCUAACAUCGCAGCACCCACCAGCAGCAGCAACAGCAGCAGCAAUAGCAAUAGCCAAGCAACAGCCACAGCCGCUCCUGUUGCCAGCACGAGUCAUGAUGCCAAAGCCCAGCGAGACGCUGAACCAGCAACCGAUGCUGCUCCAGCAGCUGCUGGCUCCACUGCCGGGCCUUCCCUCACCAAGAAGCUACCCAAGCACAAGUGGCGUCCGCUGCCCAUCGAUCUGGCCAAGUCCAGUCGCCCUAAACCGAUUGGCGGCCGGCCCAAUCGGCGGCUCAGCGAUGAUGGCACCGACCAGCGCCGUCCGCCGCGCUCCUAUCACGAACGCCAGUCAGCUGCAGGAGCAGCGGGAGCAGAAUCGCGCCAGUCAAACGCUGGCCGUCAUCCGUACGUCCCACGCUCCGCGACUGCUGCGUCCGAGCGCGUGGAUUCCUGGCGUAGCAGCGGCAGCACCGCAGCCUUCGAUGAGCAGCGCUCUGGAGCAGCGGGUGGUGCCGGGUCAGCAGCGGGAACAGCGGCAGCCGCUGGAUCAGCAGCGCGCGGGCCGCGUCGCUUCCGGACGCCGUAUCGCGGCGGGCGGCAAGGCCGGGGCGGAUUCGCCCGACAGGGACCAGGUCGUCCGACUCAUCGCAUACCACGCCAUCUGCUAGCUUCGGGCGAGUAUGCCAACUAUCUGCCGGCGGACGCCGCUGGCGCCGACUCCUCGCAGUCGUCGUAUGUGCUCAUGGGCACCCACUACUUUGGCAAUGUGCCCGCCGCCUACAUUGAAAUGGACGCCAACAGCGUCAAGGAGGCCAUCAAGAAGCAAGUUGAAUACUAUUUCAGCUCCGAUAAUCUUACCGGCGACUUCUUUUUGCGCCGCAAAAUGGACCCCGAGGGCUAUAUCCCAGUGACCCUGAUUGCUUCGUUCCAUCGCGUUCUCGCCCUGACCACCGACGUGGCCUUGAUAGUGAACGCCAUUAAGGAAUCGGAUAAAUUGGACCUCUUUGAGGGUUACAAGGUGCGCACUAAGACGACACCGACCGUUUGGCCCAUCAGCGAUGUGCCGGACGCUCAGGAAGGGGACCCAAAGGCUUCACAGCUGGAGAAACAGCAAUCGGAGACGGCGGAGGAGGAGGAUCAAGAGCAACUGGAGGAGCAGACUGAGGUUGGAUUGUCGUCGCCGCCCAUUCUCACAUCGGCGAUGGCAACGAAGCCGCUAAGCAGCAUUCCGCCGCCGCCGGUGCCGCGCAACUCGCAGAAUCUGAUGCCUAAAAUGCUGCAGGAGAAGCAUCAGCAGCCAAGAUCCUCGUCGGCCAUUGCCUCUCUCAACUCGGUGAAUGCGAUCAGUGCUUUGACCCAGCAUGUGGAGGGUGGUGCCGCCGAGCUGGCUGGACACUUGAGUGGUCUGGCAGAGAGUGUGAAGCCCAAGUCCUCGUCGACGCCGGAUAAAAGGUCGGCUGCUGGCGGCGGCAAGGGAGCUGGGGCAGCAGUUGCUUUGGUGGCGGAGCCGGAGGGCAUGUGGAAAGAGGUAAAGAGACGCUCCAAAACAAAUGCUAUCAAAGAAAACGCUACUAAAUCAGCCAACAACAACACGUCAACACCACAACAACAGCCACCGCUUUCACAAACGCUCAACAACAAUAACAAUGAUAAUGUCAAAACGAACAACACCACGUCCAAGUCCUCGUCCACGUCCACGUCCAACGCCACAUCCAACGCCUCAUCAUCCGCCACUGUGUGUGUUACCACGAACAAUGCUUCCUCAGCCACCAAAGCAACCACCAAUGCCACAAAAACCACGAAAACCACCACUACCACCGCCACCUCCACAAACAACAACAUCAAAUCUGGCAAUGCUGCUUACUCCAAUACCCACUCCAAAUCCUCAUCCAAAACAGCUGCUCCGCCAUCCGCUCAGUGCCAUGCCGAAAAGGAAGAACUAGACUUCCAGUUUGAUGAGGAGCUAAUGGACCCCCUACCCCCUGGAACCGGACGUAUCAACAACUUCACCGAGAACUUCUCCGACGACGAUGAAUCCGACUAUGAGUUUGCCGACCGUGACAUUAACAAGCUGCUGAUUGUGGCCCAAGUGGGCCGGGCACCCAAACACGAGGGCUAUGAUCGCACCGCUGACUUUACAUCUCGCACCAAAAUCACCCAGGAUCUGGAGAACAUCAUUAACGACGGGCUGGUCAACUAUGAGGAGGAUCUGUGGACCACCACGAAUGUGGAGCCCGAUUACAAGACUGUCAAAGUAAUUUCACAGGCUGACUUUGAGAAACUGGCUGGUGGCCGUGUAAAAUCGGUGGUGCCACCGCAAUUGGCACCUCCACCGCCGCCAUUUGAUGAGCACGAUCUGGAUGCUGAUGAAACCCUUGUGGGUGAUACUACUCUGAACUCUACGCUGAACUCGACACUGAAGUCUCGACGAGCCCGCUUUUAUGCUGCUCCUAAUUCCCACUCAAUCGAUCCCCGCACACCCAGGAAGCGGAAACUCCGUCACACCGCCAAUCCACCUGUGGAGGCUCAUGUAGGUUGGCUGCUCGACACCGUGGAGCACCGACCACGCACCACCUCCAUGGGUUCGUCGGCGGGCACAUCACCCACUACCUCUUCUUACGGAUCCUUUGGCUCAUCGGUGCCACAAUCGCUGCCCAUAUUCCAGCAUCCGUCGCAUGCGCUGCUCAAGGAGAACAACUUCACCCAGCAGGUCUACCACAAGUACCACUCCCGCUGCCUCAAGGAGCGCCGGCGCUUGGGCUUUGGACAGUCGCAGGAGAUGAACACCUUGUACCGCUUCUGGUCGUUCUUCCUGCGCGAGAACUUUAACAAGAGCAUGUACAACGAGUUCCGUACUUUGGCGUUGGAGGAUGCCGGAAAUGGAUUCCGCUAUGGCCUGGAGUGCCUUUUCCGGUUCUUCUCGUACGGUCUAGAGAAGAAGUUCAGGCCGAAUGUCUAUCAGGAUUUCCAGGACGAGACAGUUGCCGACUACGAGACAGGUCAACUGUACGGCCUCGAGAAGUUCUGGGCCUUCCUAAAGUACUACAAGAACGGUGAGAAGCUGGAGGUGCAGCCCAAGCUGGCGGAGUAUUUGAAGAGCUUCAAGAAUAUCGAAGACUUCCGUGUGGUGGAGCCGGAGAUCAAUGAGAUGUUGCAGGGAGUGGGCAGCCUGAAUCCUGGUCGCCAGCUAAACAGACAUCGCAGCGUGUCCGAAAGCGAUGGCACGGCUGUGAUUACGGCCGGCGGUCGUCGCCUUAACACCACCAUUACCAAUCGCAGCGACUAUGUGGGUAGGCUGCUCCAGCAGCAGCAGCAGCAGCAACAACAACAACAGCAGCAGCAUCAUCAGCAACACCAGCAUCAGCAGGGAUACGGCGGUUACAAUCAGCAGCAGAACAGACGACGCACUGGCUCUUUUGGCAGCAGUACAGUGCGCAUUCGCAGCGGUUCCCUGGGCAAUAAGCCACAGGUGGUGAAUCGCAAUCAGGGAUCGCAGCACGAGUUGCGACGCGGCGGCAGCAAUACUGGCCUGGCGCCACAUAAGCGACAGCAGCAGCAACAAAAGCCCAAGCCCGGCGCCGGUUCACAGGCCAACACAGUCCGUGCCAGCACAUCAGCAGCUGCGACAGCGGCAACCACAUCCUCAGCGGCAGCAGCAGCAUCUACAACAGCAGCGCCGGCGGUCACGGUAACGGGCACAUCGUCGUCGCAGAAGUAAUUAGACGACAAUGCAGAGACAGUUUUUUGAUGAUUAGGCUUAGGUUAAAAUCUACCUUAGUUUUCAGGGGGCGCUCGUAUUUGCAUUGCUCUCCAACACACUCUUUUGUUUAUUCAUUCUUUUUAUUCUUAUUAUUAUUAUUUUGUAGUAUUCGAGUCAAGCGUAAUGUGGGAACAGUCGUGUUAGCUUUUAGCAUAAUUAAGUGAAAAUUUUUGAAAUUUGUUUAUUGCAAUUUGCUUAGCGCGUUGGUUUAGUAGUUACGAUUCUUUCUAAUUGUUUGUUUCUCGCAUCCCCUCGACUAAAAACAACAAAAAACUAUAAAAAAAAAAAUGGUUGCUUACAAAAUGCUCAAUGUUUGUUGUUAGCACACACUCACACCCAAAACACAUACAACACACAGCGGGGUCUGUCUGCUUUGUACCAGUGCCAACCAGCCAUGAUCUUGAAAAAAAGUUAACGAAUCGAAAACGAUUGCCCUUAUUUUUUGUUUUGUUGAUUGACUAUUCCCUUUAUUAUUAUAUUAUUUUUUUUUUUUUGUUUGCGAAACAAAAAUCAAGGCAAAAGAUUUUCCUACUUAGAGCAGCGUUGAUUGUUGACGUAAUGCCAUGAACUGUUGUACUAUAUACGAUUAAAGAUAAUAACCAUAACGAAUAACCCUAUGCAAACUCUACCUAACGAGAAAGCUGAAUAGAAAUCAAAACGAAAUUGAUACGCAACACACAACCAAAUGAUCUUAAUGCAAAUACAUUUUGUAAAUUACAAAGAAA